UGGUUCCGAGGCUGCCGGUGGCUCUGCAGUCGCCGCUGGGUCAGCUGUUGCGAGUGGCGGGUCUGCACCUAUAGCUGUCCAGAUUGUUAAACGCCACCGUCCUUCAUGAGCUCCGGUCCAAUCAGGGCUCAGCGAGAAGGGGCGGGACUGAGUGGCGCGCGCUGUACUUCGUGCUGUGCCUGCCUGGGUUGCUCUCAGCAUGGAGGAAAUUUAUGCUAAGUUUGUAUCACAGAAAAUCAGCAAGACCCGUUGGCGACCAUUACCUCCAGGGAGCCUGCAGACAGCGGAGACUUUCGCCACGGGCUCUUGGGACAAUGAGGAAAAUUAUGUUUCACUGUGGUCUAUUGGAGAUUUUGGAAACUUGGAUUCUGAUGGAGGAUUUGAAGGAGAUCAUCAAUUAUUGUGCAGUAUCAAACAUCAUGGUGAUGUAAUGGAUUUACAAUUUUUUGACCAGGAAAGAAUUGUAGCUGCGUCAUCGACAGGAUGUGUGACAGUUUUCCUCCACCAUCCAAAUAACCGGACUCUAUCAGUCAGCCAGCAGUGGACAGCAGCUCACUACCACACAGGUCCAGGCAGUCCUUCCUGUAGCAAUGCACCAUGCACGGGCGUUGUGUGCAACAACCCAGAAAUUGUUACAGUUGGAGAAGAUGGCCGGAUAAAUCUCUUCAGAGCUGAUCACAAGGAAGCUGUAAGAACUAUAGACAAUGCAGAUAGCAGUACACUCCACGCUGUAACCUUCCUUCGAACUCCUGAGAUUCUUACAGUAAAUUCAAUUGGACAGUUAAAAAUAUGGGAUUUUAGACAACAAGGAAAUGAGCCCACUCAGAUAUUAUCACUGACUGGUGACCGAGUGCCACUCCACUGCGUUGAUCGACAUCCCAACCAGCAGCACGUUGUAGCUACUGGAGGCCAGGAUGGAAUGUUGAGUAUUUGGGAUGUUCGACAAGGUACAAUGCCUGUGUCUCUGCUGAAGGCUCAUGAAGCUGAAAUGUGGGAAGUUCACUUUCACCCAUCCAACCCAGAUCACCUGUUCACUUGUUCUGAAGAUGGAUCUCUCUGGCACUGGGAUGCCUCCACAGACGGGCCUGAGAAAUCGUCACUCUUUCACCAAGGAGGAAGAAAUAGUACUUUUUUGUCUCAUAGCAUUAGUAACCAAGCUAAUGUUCACCAAUCUCUUAUAAGCUCCUGGCUCAGCACUGAUCCUGCCAAAGAUCGUAUUGAAAUCACAAGCUUGCUUCCUAAUAGGACUUUGUCUGUGAACAGUCUGGAUGUUUUAGGUCCUUGUCUUGUUUGUGGAACGGAUGCAGAAGCAAUUUAUGUUACUAGACAGCUUUUUUCAUGAAGAUACUAAAAGAUUUUAGGUAAAACAUAAUACAGUUACAGCCUUUCAAAUGCCAAUUUCUGUGCAAAUUUUUGUUAUUGGAAAAUGUGAAAUUUGUAAGGGAAACAUCCGUAAACUAUUGUUAAUGUUGAUGCCCAGUCUGUUAGUUGAAUAUUGCUCUAACAGUUGCUGGAGUCUGAUUGAUGACCCAUGGCAACAGAAUUGAAACAUGUGGCGGAACAUCUGUGAUAAAUGCACUGCCUUCGGCACCAUUCUAGACAGCUCAUGGAACCAACUCUCCAUUUUAGAUGCUGUAGGGCUUACUAAUGUCAAACCACCAACAGGUUCCUUUCCUUUUUAUCAGCAGUAUGUGGGGAAUGGUAUGCCCCUCCCUGGUGACAUUUUCCAAUACUAGUAUUUAUUCUCUGUACUGCAAGUAUUUCUUCAGUUCUUCAACAUUUUAUUUCCUUAAUAAUUUCAGUAAACUUUCUUCAGUAAGAAUUGAGUAGAGCAAAAAUGACAGUUUUUGGUAGUGUUCAAAUUUUUAUUUAAAGUGAAAAAUGUUUCAAUGGGUUCCUUUAUUAGAAUGGGUUUGAAUAGAACUCUGUCACCUCCUUAGACCCAGCUUUGUUUCUCUUGAAAUGAAAAAAGACAAAAUACAUUUUUCCUAAGAAUUUUUGCUUUUAUUUAGUUUUUUUACACCAUAGUUGAAAAUUGCUGAAUUGGACAUUGUGCAAUAAAAUAGGAUUUGACAUUGGUAAGUGAGCCAGCUUCCAAACUAAAAUUUGAGAGGUAACAUGUAUGAGACUAGCAUGAUGAUGUGAUAGGAGUAAAGAGUUUUGCUAUCCUUAAUUUUAAUAUUAAUGAUGACCUAACACAUUUUGAGACAGUUUUAUGAUACUGUCUUUCCAAAGUUUGUUAAGAGUAAAUGCAUCAUUGAAUUGUAAAGACCUUAAUGAAAGAUCAUUCCUGUUACACAGGAAGUGUAUGUUUAUUUACUUUACAGUUCCAACAACAGAUAACUAUGAGUUUUUGUCUUUCUGGCCCAAUAAAUAUUUUCAGUUUUUUUAUGUUGACUUACUCUCAGGAUUUUGGGGGUUUGGAGUUUUUUUGGUCUACAUUUUAAAAUAGAAUAUAUAUAUGCAUUUGUUGUUCUGUAUGUAUGUAUUUGGCUCAAAAAAUAAUUGACUAAAGGUAUUUAGUACCUUUGAAUUCCAAAGACUCAAAGACGGAAAAAAAUGUUGCUGAUAGGAAUUUUUAAUCAGUUUCUAGUUUUAUUGCUGGGGCUAAUUUUUAAAACUUUGUUAUUACAAAAGCCAUUCAUUACAGAAAAAAGCAGUCAAAAGAAAAAUUAAAGUACUGAUAAUCUCAAACAGACACAGUUCUUUUCAUACCACUUUGUAUCCAUUAAUGUAAAUAAUUUUUCAUAAAAAAUGAAAUAUACUUGUUAUAUUUGUGAAUGCACAUUCUCUCACAGUAAAUACACAGAUUCGGUAAUAAAAGUAUAGCUAAGAAUUGUCCUUUUGGCUUCAUACUUCCCUUUAUAGGAAUGCCUUACUGCAGCCUAAGCAGCAGCGCCCCUCUCUUCACUUAGCAGAGGCAUCCUCGCAUUCCACUCGGCAGCUCAGCAUCCUUGCUUUGAACGGGCCCAGAGUUGAUCCUCAUUCCUGGGAGACCCUGGCUCCCAAGGGGCACAUUUUCCAUGUUCAGUGAAUGGCAAAUGCUUUGUGGCUCUGCUUUAAUCAUAUUACCUGCUGCUGAAAAGUUGAAGGUUUCAUGAAUGCUGUUAGCACCCUUCUCAAUUUCCAGCAGUAAUGUAAAUAAUUUCUCUUGAUUGUUAUAGUAAAUAAUCAGUAGAGGGAGUGAACCAGAUAUAUAGGCUUAGCAUACUAGCUUGGACUGGAAACAAGUUUGAAGCUUUGAUUUGAUUUAAGGGUAUUUGUAACCAUAAGUAAAAGAAAGUACAUUUGAAUAGUGUUACAUUUUCUAUCAGUUGAUGAGUUCUGCCAGAUGUAAUAAGAAACAUAAGCUUUAUGUAGUAUAAAUAAAACCCUUAUUUAUGAA